AUGAGUUCUAACUGGUUGUAUGUUUUACAGUUUCAACUUGAAGAAGCUAUAGAAAAGGAAGACUUUGAAGAAGCUGCAAAAUUGAAAGCAUCUAUUGCAGAAGCUACAUCGAAGGACUCAGUUGCUGAAAUUAUGUCCAUGUUGAAGAAUGCAAUAGAUGAAGAGCGUUAUCAUGAUGCUUCAAGAUUGUGCCGAAGUACGGGAAGUGGCUUGGUUGGUUGGUGGGUUGGCUAUUCAAAAGAUUCAGAUGAUCCAUUUGGUAGACUAAUACGUGUUACUCCAGGUGUGGGCAGAUUUAUCGGCAGAAGUUAUACUCCAAAACAGUUGGUCAAAGCCUCUCCUGGAACUCCACUGUUUGAGAUUUUUGUUGUCAAAGAUGGAAAUAACACUUACAACGUGCAGGUGGUAUUGUUGCAGCGACCCAAAGGAAGUGCAGCAAGUUCAAGUCCAUCAUCUAAGUCGAAGCCAAUGAAGGGACCUUCAUCUACUGAAAUUGAGAACAGAGCUGUAAUUGAUGUUAAAGUAGAUGAAGCUGAAGCAGAAAAAAACAAUGAGAAGAGCAUAGAUUUUGAGGGAGCUGCUGAAGAGGGAAUAAGAAGUGUGAUAAAUUUUCUUAAAGAUAAAAUACCUGAUCUGAAAGUGAAAGUAAUGAAAGUCAAUAUUACAGAAGAAAUAACAGAUGAUGGUGAUUCAGUGAAGCAAUUUCUGGAAGAAGAAGAUGAGAACACUAUUUCCAGUGAGGAGACGGAUGAAACAACUAGUGAUUUGGAUAACAUGAAUUCUGACCGAGUUACAGUAGGAGGAGAUAGUGGCACAAGUGAAGAAGGAAAAACUGUAGAUACCAAGCUUUUUGUAGGGGGUGUAUUACAUAAUAAAGAAGACAAUCCAUUAAAGGACGAAUUUGUUCGUUUCCCUGUUGAGAUCAAAGAUGUGGCAAAGGAUUCCUUUGUGCUUCACAUUCCUAAGAGACUCGGAGAUCAUGAUGCUAAAGAAAAUACUGCAUCCAGCGUUAAUGAGGCAGCUAUUGCAGCUCAGAGUAUCUCUGAACUAAUGCCUCCUGAUGUUGCCAAAGCAUUUUGGAGUUCUGAUAAAGCUUCUUCAAAAGUUUCUAGAGAUGUUAAGGAGAUGCUAAAGCUUGCAGUUAGUCAGGCACAGAAGCGAUACAAAUUAUCUGAAUACACAAGUUUUAGUCGAAUAACCUCCCCUGGGGAUUUAGAUCCUUUUGAAGGUCUAUAUGUUGGUGCAUUUGGACCUUAUGGAACUGAGGUAGUGCAAUUAAGGCGGAAAUAUGGUAACUGGAAUGUAAAUGAUGCUGAGAAAUCCUCGAAUGUGGAGUUCUUUGAGUAUGUUGAGGCAGUAAAGCUAACAGGGGAUAUCAAUGUGCCUGCUGGCGAGGUGACGUUUCGAGCUAAAAUAAGUAGAGGAAGUCGCUUGUCCAACAGGGGGAUGUAUCCAGACGAACUUGGUGUGCUUGCUGGUUACAAAGGUCAAGGAAGAAUAGCUGAAUAUGGUUUCAAAAACCCAAGGUGGGUUGAGGGAGAGCUUCUACAACUCAAUGGAAAGGGAAUGGGACCACACCUCAAAGGUGCAGACCUUGGCUUUCUUUAUGUCAUUCCGGAGCACAGCUUUCUUGUACUCUUCAAUCGCUUGAAACUACCAGAGUAAAGACACAAGUUGAUUGUAUGACUUUAAAUCCAGUUGUGCGGUUAGGCUAGGAGAAGAUCAUAUUCCUUCUUCCAACAGGUUAUUUCCCUUUUGCCAGAUAACUUUUGCAGUGUUUUUAUCAGAUAGGAAUCAACCUGCAAUGUGAUCGAAAAAGCCAACCCUUUCCCCUCCCUUUUUGCCAUAGUGAGUGUUUUGCUGUCCAAUAAUGAUACAUCCUUUCAGUUUUCAUCAUAAACACUAAAAACUUAUAUCUUGUAAUGCAUUUUUUUUUGUUAAGAG